AUGUCAGGCACGCGUCACGCGGAAGUGAUGGAGGAAGGGGGUUUCACCAUUAUCUCCGGCCGCGGCUCUCGCCGGCGGCCAGCUCCGCCCAAGCGCGUGGCGAUGCAUGCGGCAGCGGCUCCGUCUGAGCCGCUGAGGAGAGAUGCCGCGGGCAGGGUGGCUGGCCUCAUGUCCUUGGGAGUGCGAGUGGAUGCGGCCGUCGACGAGCUCCGUGCCUCCGCGCUGGCGCGACGGCUGCGUGCCGUGCUUCGCGGCUUGGCACACCCAGCGUGUGAGCGACCGCCUGUCGAGGCCAUCAUCUGCCUCGGGCUGGGAAGCUUCGGCACGGCCACCGCGCCGCGCUACCAGGUGGCACUGGCGCUUCUGCUGCGAGAGGAGCUCCUGGGGGAGGCGGACGGACGGGCGGAACAUUGCACUGGCGGCGACGAGGCGGAGACGCCGUUCUGCGCGUUUGACCCGUGCUUCGACGAGCUAGAGAUUGCGUUCCUCCGCUCCCGGGGCUGCGCGGUGCUUACGCGCAACAGCGAGGGGCGCCACUCCUCCCCGGCGCCCGGUGGCGGCUCGGUCCUCUUCUUCAUGCCUCACUGCGGGAGAGCGCUCUACUCGAACCUCGUCCAGCACAACUGGCGGCCCGCCUCCCUCGCCUCGAUGCUCGUCCUCGGCAACUCGUUCGCCGCGCUGAGCGGAGACCCUGGCGCCGAACGCGCCGCCGCUUGGAGCCCCCUCUUCCGUGCGCUGCCUCUCGCAUCAGAGUCGCCGAUUGGCGUGCCCGCCGGUUCGGCAGCAACGAGCCGCGGCGGCGGCAGCGGCGAACCGCUCUUCGCAAACGCCUUCAACAACACCUCGCUGCACGCCUUUGACGACGACGCGUUACGUGCGCUGCCAGAGGGCUGGUGGGAACGGUCGUUUGAGCCGCCGCCGCGCGACGGUGAGCGCCUCAUGAGCCUUGACAUUGUACCUGCGGAAGCGUAA